UAGAAUAAAAUAAAGUGAAUCAAAAAAGAGAGAAAAACGAUUAGAGUUUUUUUGUGUUGGUGUUGUGUUGUGAAGAAGAAAGAACGACAUUUCGAUGAUAGCCGAAUUUUAAGUGAAAUAUAAAUGCUAUAGAACCGGAAGUACAGGAGGUGCCACUGAAAUGUGAAAUUCACAAAGAAAUUGAAAGAAAACGCACACGUCAAUGUAACCACAAAACUGCCCCAAAAACAAUUAAGCGCAAAAUUUAAACAAAUCUCCAACUAUGUUUGAAAGCCAAAACAACAUAAUUUGUACAUAAAAUACUCUAUAUUCUACCAUAUACGGAACAAUAUAUAUGAUAUAUAUAUAUUUAUAUAUAUACAUGUGCCCGCAGAACUAAAGGACGAAAAGCCAAAGCGAUUUUCCCGCAUAUUUCUACUCGAAAGCGACUCCAGUAAAUUCUCAAAAUUGCGACCCACGCUUUUCCGAGUUCGGCGGCGUUGAACCACACUCAAAGCUGCUGCACCACCGCCAUUUCCGCUGCCAUUUCCACCAGCACCACCAUAAAUAGUAGCAGAAACACCGCUCACAGAAUGCCAGUGAAAAAGCAAGAAGCUCAUCGGGCUCUUGAGCUGCUCGAGGACUAUCACGCGAGACUUUCGGAGCCGCAGGAUCGGGCGCUGCGUAUUGCAAUCGAACGCGUUAUACGCAUAUUUAAAUCUCGCUUGUUUCAAGCGCUGUUAGAUAUACAAGAAUUCUAUGAAUUGACAUUAUUGGAUGACUCGAAGAGCAUACAGCAAAAGACAGCGGAGACCUUGCAAAUUGCAACCAAAUGGGAGAAGGACGGACAGGCCGUUAAAAUAGCCGAUUUUAUCAAAACUUCAAAUUUAAAUCGUAAUUGCGCCUAUGAGUUUAACAACGACGCCUCAUCCAAUCAAACCAACCAAUCAGUCCUCAAUCAGAAUCAGAUCGCGAAUAAUGUCAGUGCCCAAGCGCAGGCCGAGGCCCUCAGCAGAACUUUUAAGAGUGAAUUGGAAGAGAUAUUGAAUCAGCGCAUGCGCAUCGAGUCGGAUACGGAAAAUGCGAAGGAGCCAUCGAUCGAGCAGCAGCAGCAACAGCGCAGCUCCCGCUCCCCACAGCAGCUGCAGCAGAAUCCGCAGCAGCCGCAACAGCAGCAGCAACAGUUGCAGCAGGGAUCCAAGUCCAGGAGCGGGUCGCAGACUCUCCAUAAGGCGUCGUCGGCAAAGGUGAAUGGCGAUGAUAGCUGGUUAUACGAGGACAUUCAGUUGGAGCGCGGCAACUCCGGAUUGGGCUUCUCCAUUGCCGGCGGUACGGAUAAUCCGCACAUCGGCACCGACACCUCCAUCUACAUCACCAAGCUCAUUUCCGGCGGAGCAGCUGCCGCCGAUGGACGGCUGAGCAUCAACGACAUCAUCGUGUCCGUGAACGAGGUGUCCGUGGUGGAUGUGCCACAUGCCGCCGCCGUGGAUGCCCUAAAGAAGGCCGGCAAUGUGGUCAAGCUGCAUGUGAAGCGGAAACGUGGAACGGCCACCACACCGGCGGCUGGAUCGGCAGCCGGCGAUGCCCGGGAUGCGGCCGGUGGACCGAAGGUCAUCGAAAUCGACCUGGUCAAGGGCGGCAAGGGACUGGGCUUCUCCAUCGCCGGCGGCAUUGGCAACCAGCACAUCCCCGGCGACAAUGGCAUCUAUGUGACCAAGCUGAUGGACGGCGGAGCAGCGCAGGUGGACGGACGUCUCUCCAUCGGGGACAAGCUGAUUGCAGUGCGCACCAACGGGAGCGAAAAGAACCUGGAGAACGUAACGCACGAACUGGCGGUGGCCACGCUUAAGUCGAUCACCGACAAGGUGACGCUGAUCAUUGGCAAGACGCAGCACCUGACCACCAGUGCGUCCGGCGGCGGAGGAGGAGGCCUGACAUCCGGACAGCAGUUGUCGCAGUCGCAAUCGCAGUUGGCCACCAGCCAGAGCCAAAGUCAGGUGCACCAGCAGCAGCAUCAGACGCCGAUGGUCAAUUCGCAGUCGACAGGUGCGCUUAACAGUGUGGGACAGACGGUUGUCGAUUCACCACCAACACCACAAGCAACAGCAGCAGCAGCAAUCGCAUCUGCAUCUGCAUCUGCAUCUGCCUCAGUCAUUGCAAGCAACACCACAAUCAGCAACACCACAGUCACCACAGUCACGGCCACAGCCACCAACAGUAGCAGCAAGUUGCCGCCGUCGCUUAGCAUUAUCAAUAGCAAUAACAUCAACAACAGCAAUAACAUCAACAACAACAUAAGCAGCAGCACGACGGCAACUGUUGCAGUUGCAGCCGCAGCAGCAGCAACACAAACAGCAGCAGCAGCAGCAGCAGCAACUCCACCCGCCACCUUCUAUAACAAUGCUUCCAUGCCCGCCCUGCCUGUCGAAUCCAAUCAAACAAACAACCGAUCCCAAUCACCCCAGCCGCGCCAGCCCGGCUCGCGAUACGCCUCCACAAAUGUCCUGGCCGCCGUUCCGCCAGGAACUCCGCGUGCCGUCAGCACCGAGGAUAUAACCAGAGAACCGCGCACCAUCACCAUCCAGAAGGGACCCCAGGGUCUGGGCUUCAACAUCGUUGGUGGCGAGGAUGGGCAGGGCAUCUAUGUGUCCUUCAUCCUGGCCGGCGGUCCGGCAGAUCUGGGCUCCGAGCUGAAGCGCGGCGACCAGCUGCUCAGCGUGAACAAUGUCAACCUCACGCACGCCACCCACGAGGAGGCGGCCCAGGCGCUCAAGACUUCAGGCGGAGUGGUGACCCUGUUGGCGCAGUAUCGCCCGGAGGAGUACAACCGCUUCGAGGCGCGCAUCCAGGAGUUGAAGCAACAGGCUGCCCUCGGUGCCGGUGGAUCGGGAACCCUGCUACGGACCACGCAGAAGCGUUCAUUGUAUGUGCGGGCCCUGUUCGACUACGAUCCCAAUCGGGACGAUGGAUUGCCCUCCCGAGGAUUGCCCUUCAAGCACGGCGAUAUUCUGCACGUGACCAACGCCUCCGACGACGAAUGGUGGCAGGCGCGACGAGUCCUGGGCGACAAUGAGGACGAGCAGAUCGGCAUUGUGCCAUCGAAGAGACGCUGGGAGCGCAAAAUGCGAGCUCGGGACCGCAGUGUCAAGUUCCAGGGACAUGCGGCAGCCAAUAAUAAUCUGGAUAAGCAAUCGACAUUGGACCGAAAGAAAAAGAAUUUCACCUUCUCGCGGAAAUUUCCGUUUAUGAAGAGUCGCGAUGAGAAGAAUGAAGAUGGCAGCGACCAAGAGCCCAAUGGAGUUGUGAGCAGCACCAGCGAAAUGGACAUUAAUAAUGUCAACAAUAACCAAGCGAAUGAACCGCAACCCUUUAUGCUUUGCUACACACAAGACGAUGCCAAUGCUGAAGGAGGCGAGAUUAUCUACAGGGUGGAGUUACCCGAUAUGGAGCAGAUAACUCUGAUCUACUUGGAGAAUAAUGAUGCUGACUAUCCUUCCGAGGAGAACGUGUUGUCCUAUGAGGCCGUGCAGCGCUUGUCCAUAAACUACACGCGUCCGGUGAUUAUCCUGGGCCCGCUGAAGGACCGCAUCAACGACGACUUAAUAUCGGAGUAUCCCGACAAGUUUGGCUCAUGUGUGCCACACACCACCCGACCUAAACGGGAGUACGAGGUGGACGGUAGGGACUAUCACUUUGUGUCCUCUCGCGAACAAAUGGAACGGGAUAUUCAGAACCAUUUGUUUAUCGAGGCGGGCCAGUACAACGACAAUCUGUACGGCACCUCGGUGGCCAGUGUACGCGAAGUGGCGGAGAAGGGCAAGCACUGCAUCCUGGACGUAUCCGGCAAUGCCAUUAAGCGCCUUCAAGUGGCCCAGCUUUAUCCCGUCGCAGUUUUCAUCAAACCCAAGUCGGUGGACUCUGUAAUGGAGAUGAAUCGCCGCAUGACGGAAGAGCAGGCCAAGAAGACUUAUGAGCGGGCGAUUAAAAUGGAGCAGGAAUUCGGAGAAUACUUUACGGGCGUGGUUCAGGGCGACACCAUCGAGGAGAUCUACAGCAAAGUGAAAUCGAUGAUUUGGUCCCAGUCGGGACCAACCAUUUGGGUACCUUCCAAGGAAUCUCUAUGACCAACAGCCACAACAACAUGGACACUGCCGCCUCGAGUUCGAUGCCGACCGGUCUCGAGAACAACAAUAGGAGCAACAGCAGCAGCAACAAAUCAGCAGCCGCAACAGAAGACGCCGCACUGAUGAUGCAUUACAGUAACAACUACUACAACAACAACAACAACAGCAACAACUACAACAACAGCAGCAGCCACAGCAAUAACAACAGCAACAACAACAGCAGCCACAACUAUAACAAGAUUGACAACGACAAUGACAGAAAACGGAAACGGAACCACAGACUAACAACUUGACUAUACUGACAGUAAAAUCUAUAAUGACGCAGCCGCAGCAGCCAACUUAAUGUAGCAAAUUGUCCAAAGUAAUUUUUUUUGGAUGCACUCAUCGAUGAACGUACAUCCAGCAGCUAGAAGAAGAUGGAGUUGGACGAACAUCAGAGAAAAGCAUUUGGCAUCGUAGGGAUAUGAGAUGAGAGUUAUGGGUGUUCAAACUGAAGCGGACAAAGGUGUAUAGUUUUUAGUUAGAACAAAGUUGAAUAUAAACAAAAAAAAAAGCGAAUUAUAAUAUAUAUAUAUAUAUAUAUAUAUAUAUAUAUAUAUAACACACCACUUAUAUAGACUAAGAUCCGAUUAUAAAAGCAUAGAGACGAGCGGAAAGAGGAUGGCUUUGAGGAGUUCGUUAAGCGCUAGAGUGUUGUUUGUUUAUGUUGAAGUUUAUAUACGAGAGCCAAGAGUUAUAGCGAGUUAGUUAUGUUGACGAUAAUGUGUUUUUUGAUAUAUAUUGAUCUAUAUAAAUAUGUAAACAUGCAAGGCACAGGCACCCACCCAAGCACACCGAUGUUCUGGGGUUAUGGUGAUGUUGAUGCACAAGCGCAUUGCAUGGUGGUUAACUUUAAGUACGACAAUGUUUAGUAGCUGACUACGAAUAAUGACGACGAUGACGGGACGCAGAUGCUAAGGCGGUUACGGUUACGGUUGCAGAUCUAGCGGAUAGUCAGAGAAUGGCGAUAACGAUUUACGAUUACGAUCUAAUGAUAAUGAUAAAUAUAUUGAUGAAUAUCGAAGCUAAUAACGAUGGAGAUAAUGAAAAACGUUGGUGCAUUUGUUGUUAGAUGUAUGUAAUUUUUCCCACUCGCCUUUGCCUAAAAGCAACACAAAAGUAAAACCAAGAAGAACUAUAUAAAAAACCGAAAGAAUCAGUAAACAUGCGUAUGAUAAAUACUAGAAACUAGCGGAAAAGUUGCAUAUUAAACCACAGACAUUCAUUCACACAUCUACUUACUAUAUAUCUGUACCAUUUAGCCUAUAGUCCGCAAGAAAUCGUCGAAACAAAGUCAUUUUACUAUAUAAAUAUACACGAAACACCCGCAUAAUGUAAACUACGGCAGCAACCGAGUGGAAAGAAAAAAGGAGGUGAAAAGGAGAAAUGGAAUUUGUUGUCGCGUUGAUUUAAAUCUAUAUAAUGAGUAAAAUAUGUAUAUUUAACAAUCUAUGAAACAAAUAUAGUAUGUAGAUAAUACACACACACACACACACACACAAACGAACCCAUACAAGCAAACAUGGAUUACCGUUGCAGUCUAAUUUUAUACACACAACACAAACACACACACAAGACAAAUCGAAUUGCAAAGGCAAAUAAAUAAAUAAAUAAGGAAGCGGAAGUGAAGAAGAAGAAGCAGAGCUGGAGAUGAGAUCAACUCAAAUUAGAUAACUAUACAUUUGCUGAUUAAUUUAUAUAAACCAAUCUACGAUUUAUAGCCAACGCACAGAAAGGAAAAUACACACGAAAUUUGUUCAAGAAAAUUUAGCAAAAUUCAAGUUGAGUGUUAACAUUAUUAUUCAUGCGUAUAUGCAUAGAAAUAUUAUUAUUUUUUUUUACUCUGUCCAUCUCUCUUGCUCCCUCUCCUACUCCUACUUAAAACAUUUUUUUUAUUUAUCUUUUUUGUAUAUUGCAAAAACGUCGACGACGCCACAGCAGCAGCAGUAGCUAUGGAUAUUAUUUCAAAAAUAUAUACAUAUAACUAUUAUACGAAUACAGAAAAAACAAAUUCAUUAUAAUUUUCACAAUGUAUGCGCCGAGAGCAUUGUUAUAUUUAAUAAACAACCUAAAACAAAAAGGAUAAACAAUUAAAAACAAAAUAAAAAAACUA